UUCCGAAAAUUUGAAAUCUCUCCGAAAAACGGGAUGUUGAUAUGAAAGAAUUGUGAUAUUAGAUAUUUUGCUUUAUAUUUAGCUUCGUUUUAAAGAAUUUCAAAAUGACAACAAGUGCAACUAAACGAGAUGAAGUCAGGAAAGAGCAUAUUCCUGAUAUGAUAAUAAAUCCUGGCACAGGAAAACGUUAUUUGAAAGGUCGUUUUCUUGGAAAGGGUGGAUUUGCAAAAUGUUACGAGCUUCAAGACAUAGACACAAAGGAAAUAUUUGCUGGAAAGAUAGUCUCCAAGACUCUUCUUGUGAAGCAACAUCAAAAGGACAAGAUGACACAAGAAAUCAGCAUCCACAGAGAAAUAGGCUACAAACAUGUGGUCAAAUUUCAAAGUUUCUUCGAAGAUUCAGACAAUGUCUACAUUCUGUUGGAACUCUGCAGGAGAAGGUCAAUGAUGGAGUUGCACAAGAGGCGAAAAGCUGUUACAGAGCCAGAAGCCCGCUACUUUGUACGCCAAGUUGUACUGGCCUGUCAGUACCUGCACGGCAGAAAUAUAAUACAUCGUGACCUCAAACUGGGUAACCUCUUCAUCAAUGAUGAUAUGGACCUUAAAGUGGGAGAUUUUGGUCUUGCAACGCGGGUUGAUUAUGAUGGCGAAAGAAAAAGGACUUUAUGCGGAACACCCAACUACAUUGCCCCAGAGGUACUCGGAAAGAAAGGUCACAGUUUUGAAGUGGAUGUGUGGUCGUUAGGCUGUAUUCUAUUCACACUUCUGGUUGGCAAGCCCCCAUUUGAGACCUCAUGCCUUAAAGACACAUACACUCGAAUAAAAAAGAAUGAAUAUCACAUUCCCUCGCGUGUCUCACCUUGUGCCAAGAACCUCAUUCAGAAACUGCUCAGAGCUGACCCUACAGAGCGACCAGGCAUGGAGGGUUUGCUUGAUGAUGAAUUCUUUACCUCAGGGUACCUGCCAUCCAGACUGCCAACCAGUUGUCUGACAAUGGCUCCCAGAUUCGACACAAUGGCAAAGUCUGAGUCACUACACAGACGACCUCUACUGGAACUCAAUGGAACUGAAAAGACUGCAGCCCAGACUAUUGAACAGCGUGCUAAGGAACUGAAGAGACCACAGACAACCGAUGGCCUUGAUACAGAACGGGGAGCUGGGGACGCAGAACAGAAACGAAAUAGUGAUGAGCCUACCGACUUCUACCUUGGAGACCUGUUUGCUCAGCUUGCUGCUGUUGUUGCUGCUAAACCUGCGGAGCGUAUAAAUAUAUGUGAAGAGGAGGCAGAAGAUCCAGCCGGUAUUCCGAUCUACUGGGUGAGCAAGUGGGUGGAUUACAGCGAUAAAUAUGGACUUGGCUACCAGCUCAGUGAUAACAGUGUGGGAGUUCUCUUUAAUGAUUCCACAAGGCUUAUUCUGCUCAGUAAUGGAGAUAAUGUCCAGUACAUUGAGCGUGAUGGCGCCGAACAUUUUCACAACCUGAAGGUCUUUCCUGACACUCUGACAAAGAAAGUCACCCUCCUCAAAUACUUCAGGAACUACAUGAGUGAACAUCUGCUCAAGGCUGGAGCGAACAUCACGCGGGGUGAGACAGAUGACAUGGUGCGUCUGCCCUUCCUCCGAACGUGGUUCCGUACACGUAGUGCAAUAGUCCUCCAUCUCAGCAACGGCACUCUACAGAUUAACUUCUUCCAGGACCACACCAAGAUCAUUUUGUGCCCAUUGAUGCAGGCAGUCACGUACAUUGAUGAGAAAAGAGACUUCAGAAUCUUCAAGUUCUCUUUGAUAGAGAAGUUUGGUUGUAGCAAGGAACUAGCUAGUCGCCUCCGAUAUGCCAAAACUAUGGUGGAACGCCUGAUGACCACAAAAUCUGGUUCUGGACGUGUCCGGUCAAGCGCACCGAGCACAGCACAGUGAUGAUAGAUACAUGUUAAAAAUUUGUGAAUUAUAAAUAUGAGGUGUGGAUUUCCUGGGAGUUCCGCAAAAUAGAGUGCUUGUCGUGAUGGGUUUAGGGGAAGGGAUGAAAAUAUUAUUAAGUACAUGAAUGAUGUGCAGUGGACUGUUUUGAUGAACUUUUUUCUAGGUAUCAAAAGUUGACAUCAGACCUCCUGCAUGAGAUUGUAACGUUCUGUACAUAUGUCAUUUUAUGUACAUAAAACAAUUAUUAGCAUUGAUCAUCUCUCAAGCUCAUUGUCAGCGUUUGAAACCUUAAGGAUCAUCAGUUAUUCUGUUAAAUUGCAUUAUUUUGUAUACUUGCGGUCUACUGAAGCCAAGCAGAGUUUGGGGGGAAAAUUAUAAAAACAGACAAUUUUAUCCCACACUGCAGGCUUUUAAGGGUACUUCUAGUAAGCCAUGGUUGACCGCAUGGUUUUCUGUUUGUCAUCGUUAUUGGGGCCACACAGAAUAAUUUCUGUCCCCUUUUCAUCAAUAUUAGAACCACACUGACUAAUUUCUAUCCCAUUUUCAUCGUUAUUGGGACCAUCCUGACUAAUUUCAUCCCAUUUUCAUCAUUUAAUAUUGGGACCAUCCUGACUAAUUUCUAUCCCAUUUUCAUCAUUUAAUAUUGGGACCAUCCUGUUAAAUUUCUAUCCCAUUUUCAUCCAUUGGGACCAUCCUGACUAAUUUCUAUCCCAUUUUCAUCCAAAUUGGGACCAGACUGACUAUUUUUUAUCACAUUUUCAUCAUAAUAGGGACCACACUGACUAAAUUCUAUCACAUUUUCAUCAGUAUUGGGACCAUCCUAACUAAUUUGUGUCCCCUUUUUAUUUUUAACUGGACCACACAGCUUACAUUUUGUUAAUUUCAUUCCAAAGUGUGGUUGUGAAAAUAUUGAAGUGCUUAUUUACAUAUAGUAGGUAUAAAAAUUAUUAGUUACAAGUGUAAAAGUUAUUACAUUUCUUAUUUAUGUGACGUUAACUUCAUGUUCAUAUGAAGGUAUUGUCUUUCGUUCAUUUUGGAUCUCCUUGUUUCAUCUUCGUUACCAUCUUCAUUGAUUUGUAGGUGUAAAUUUUAAUAUGGUUCAUUUUUUCAUAUAAAUUCUGAAGAAUUGGAUCAUAUAGUUAUAUACCAUAAUUUUGUAGUAAAGGUGCUAGACACCAGAUGGUUCAAAAACCAGCAAAUAUAGUAAUUUCUCAAAACAAGCCUAGAAAUGUUCAUGCGAGCUAGUAGAUACUGAUUAUACAUCAUUUUUCAUAAGUAAUUGGGGUUUUUUUUUAAAUAAACAUGUUGCUGUCUCAUCUGUGUUUCCCUGUUUAAAAAUAGUGCAGUUUAAAUCAUAUCUGUUUAUGAGUACAGAUAAAUAUACCAACGCUAUUUUUAAACUUACGCGGUAGAUAACCUCAGUAAAUUUCAAAUCGGAAAAACUGCAAUAGAUGGAUGUGUCCUACAGGGAUGUGAUUUGUCCGCGGAUCUAAUGGCUCCAGGGACCCAUCCCCCCAAAAAAAAAAAAAUUAAAAAGAUACUAGUGUGCUUUUGGUUGUUAGUGUUGAUAUUCCAGUUUUCUUCAAAUUUAAAGUCAGAAGAACCCUCAAAAGAGCUUCUAAAAAGCCAGUUUUUCUUCUACGGCAGUGUGCUUUUGGCCCUAAAAGUGCUCCAAGAAUCCAUGGCCGAAAUGGUUUCAGCCCUCCAGCUGCCAGGUCAAUCACAUCCCUGGUCCUAACCGAUGUGAUACAUCAAUAGAUUCAAUGAGUUGUAUUCAACAAUGUCAAUUUUUAUUCAAUUUUUACGAUUUUUUUUCUUCUUGCAAGUGUAUCAUCUGGUGUCUAGUCCCUUUAAAGAUAUGGAGCAAACAAGAACUGAGGUGUAUGCAUCAAAGUUCCUUUUCCAUAUCCAACAGGGAAUAUACAGUAUGCCAUAUUGAGCACUCCAAAUCACGCUACUGUCGUUUUCUGAUCCUAUAUUAGAGUAUCAUGCUAGUGUCAUGUGUUGAGUGCUGCAUUUUACACCCUAAGUUUGUCUAGGUUUUUAAGAUAUUUACUGAGUGUAUUUUUGAAAGAAACUAUUCCAUGACAAUGAAUCUGCCGAUUUGUAUUUAUAUUCAAGAAAAUGAACUUAAUCGUCUUGUUAGGUGAAUAAACAUGCAUUCCUAUACGCUGUUGAGAAAGAAAUGUUUAUUCGGUGAAUGGGUCGUCAGAAAAACGUCCUAUCAGGAUCUAUGUAUUUUGUAGUGCUUUAUCUCAAAGUGUCUAAUAAUAUCUGAAACUUUGUUUCAGCAGCAAAAUGUUUUUCAUCGUCGUUAUUUUCAAAUCUAACAUAUGUUAAAGCAUUUUAAUUUUGUCAUAUAUGCAUCUUGCUCCAACCAUUUCUAUUUUUGUUCAUAAAAAAAAAAUGUUAAUAAUAAAAUGUUUAUAUUAAAUUUAUCCUUUAGAAGGUAAAAUAAUUAAAAUAUUCUCUUUGUCAGUUGCUGUCGGGGAAAAAUCAUAGUCAAAUCAUGUUGCAAUAUUGGGUUUUAUGUUUAGUUUAUUCUACCACACAUUGUGAAAGGUUGUCUGUGUUUAUGGUUCAAUCUUUUGGUCCUUUAAAGCUGCACUCUCACAGAUUGAUCGAUUAAACAACUUUUAUUUUUUGUCUCAGAAUUAGCUGAUUUUAGCAUAAAUUAUUUAAAUUCAGUCAUGUAUGAUAAUAUCUCACAAUAGAGCAGAUGUCAAUUGUUUGGAAAAAUGCCCUAAAUUUUAUUUUUCUUAAAGUGUACUUUCGCUUUUAGCCAUAAAACAUCAAUUUUUGAACGUAAAUCCUACAAACUGUGAACUGAUAUUUUAUCAGCAGUCUUAUUUCAAUGUUUUUCAGUCAUAGACACAAAAUUUGGCUCAUUCAAAGAUAAAAAAAUAAUAAUGACAAAACGGUCAAUCUGUGAGAGUGCAGCUUUAAUGAAGCUUGCAAAGUUGAGUCAUCAAUAUUUAACUUUUGGAUGAACAAGCCAAAAUUCUUAUACUAGCGCUUGCCAUCAAAAUUUUGAACAAACCCUGUUGUAGUAUUUGAAAUUAGGAACUUGCGAGAAAGCUAGGACAGCAUUAACCAGUGGGGUCUUUCGCACAUUUCAAACACUGAAUUAUUCUGUCAUACAUGAAACACAAGUUCAUUUAAACCGGAAUAGGCCAAACCACUCCUACGCACAGGGUACAGAAGGUAGAAAAAUCAUCCCUCUAAAAUUUAUGCUUAUCAGAUAUUGCUCACUGAGCCAAUUUCUGACCAUUGUGCGCCAGAGUGAUACAACCAAUUCUUAAACUUACAUUUUAUCAGUCCCUGAUUUUGUGUUUUGCCGUAUUUUCUAUUUAUUUCAGAAGUAUGUGUAAACAUUAUGAAAAUAGAUGCGACAGUUGAAUUGUAUUUAUUUUCUAAUAAAUAACUUAUUUCUUGUAACCAUUGUAUGCCAUCAGUUUUACCUGACAUUGGGUCGAUUGUUCAGAACUUUGUUAAAGUUAACAACGUAAAUUAUGGCAUCACUGUUAACAUUUAAAUGUUAACUAUUUUAUGAUUUGGCCCAUAUGAUUUAGAUACGAUAUGUACAGCUGAAACAGUUGUCUUAAAUACUGCAGAUCAUAAGUGUAUUUGUGAAACUUCCUGGCCCCAAUUUCUCGAAACUUCUUAAAUCCCUUAUAACAGGAUUAAGCUAAACUCACUAUUUUUGUUUUUCAAUAUUUUGCGUUUCAUGCACUCCUUUAAGAGUUUUAAUACUUUAGAUAGGAAUUACUGUUACAAUUAUCACAAUAAACCAUUUUUCAUUUAUCAAAAUUCACUAUAAGUAUGUAUUUUUGGCUAAUUGAAAUAAGCAUCUUAAGCCUGUUAAGCUUAAGAAGUUUCGAGAAAUUGGGGCCUUGGCAAUACUGUUUGAAAGUUAACAAUGAUAAUGUUAACAACACUCCUAACUUAAGCAACGUUCUGAACAAUCGGCCCUAUGCAUUAGUUUUGCAAUGAUGUUUUGUCAUUAUUUGAAUUUUUGAAUUAUUAUUAUUGCAUCAGGUACACAUGUUGAAUUUUGGUGCAAAAAUAGAAUUUGAAGGCUAAUUAAUUAUAAGAUGAAAAAUACAUAUAUAUGUUAAAGCUGAAUAUUGUUUCUAUGAAACAAGUACUUGCGUUUGUUAGAAUGAACAUCUUAUCACAUAUCUACUUCACUGAAUCUCGGAAAUUUUGAGAGAAAAACACACAUUGAUAUUACCAUUAUAGGAGGCAGCAUUAUCUAUUGUUAAGAUUGCAAUGCUUAAUAGGCAAAAUGUAUAAAAAAUAUAUGUAAAAGGGACCCAUUCAAAUUUAAUAGUGUUGAACAUCAAAAAAAUAAAAUAAGAAAUGUGAAACAGAAUCAGAGCCCUAUUGUUACAAGAUAUCUGAUAUGGCAGAAAAAAAAUCUAAUUUACCCCUAAGAGUAAAUAAGGCUUUCGAACAUAGAUUUAUUUUAAGGUUGGAUUUGCAAAAUUCUGUUCAUGUGGUAUUUGACGUUUGUUCUUAAAAUUACAUUAAAAAACCCAAUUUCAACAGUUUUAAAAAAAUAUCCUGCCAACAUAAAAUCUGUGAAUGAGUGCCUUUAAAAUAUUUGUAAAUGCUUCAUAUGCAUUUGCAAUUUUGAGAUAUUGUCAUGCUAUAUAGUAUAUUAUAUUACUCCAAUUUACUAUUUAGAAUCAUCGAAGCGAGCUAAGUACUGCUUGUCAAGAAGGCCUGAGAUAUUUGGGGAGUUAUGGAUUAUAAAUGCUGAUUCAUGACUUUUUUGUAAAUUUGUUUCUUUUUGAUAUAUAAGGGAAAAAAAUCUUUACAUAUUUUUUAUAUUUCUAUGAAAGUUAUGCCAAAGGUUAUGACUAAAAAACAUUGUUAAAACAAAUGUCUUAAGAGGUUAAGAUAUGUAUUCAAAAGGUAUUUCUAUAUCCUUUGCAGGUGCAUGUUAUUUCUAAUAAAAUGUUACAAGACUGAAGAGAUACUUUAAAAAAAGAGUGGUAAAGUUACUGUCAAAGUUGGCCAUCUUUCUUGUUGAAAAUUUGGACCACAAAGAGCUUGUAAUAUAUCAUUCUUAUCCUGUUGGUCUCAAGGUAAGUUCUGUAUUGAACUCUGUAAAGUUCGCCAUUUGUUUCCCUAAUUGUACACUAUUAAAAUUGUAUCAUUUUGUGAUAUUGAUUCUUGUAAUAAAAUGUUUAUGAAAUAAGA